AUGAUUCAGCCAAAAUCUGUGCAAUUUCCUGCCAAAUACAGUUAUGGUACAGCCGAGCGAAGAAUGUUACCUAUAGUGUUAUGCUGGGCAUCUACUGUUCAUAAAAUGCAGGGUAGUACUGUUGACUAUGCUGUGAUUUACUUGAGACCUAAGCUUUUUGCUCUUGGUCAAGCUUAUGCCGCCUUGAGCCGUAUCAAAUCGUUGGACGGCCUUCUCAUCGAAGACUUAGAUAUUUCAAAAUUGACAGGAAAGACUCCCUGCAAUAUCGAUGCGCUAGCUGAAAUGCAUAGACUUAGACAAAUCUAA